AUGAGCAAAUUGGCAGUGUUGGAAGCCACUGGUUCGGUUGUCUUGACGACGAUGGAUGAAACACUGGCAGCUCAAGAUGGACCAGCAGAGGCUGAAGCCGAGGGAUCAUCUGAUCCUCAGGAAGCAGCGCCACAAGACCCAGCCACGACGGCAGACGACGACAAGGCAGACCAACACCAACAACAAGAGGAGGAUCGAAUGUCAUUUUUGGAAGCGGACACGAGCCACAUGACGAAUUCUCGCAAAUCACUCAGUGCUGAUGAUGAUGAUGUGAAGAAUCCUCCUGAAAAGACGAAUAGUUAUCCAUCGACAUUGACCGAUUCCAACGACGACCAUCAUCGUGAUUUACCCGUGGAAAGUGAUCAUUGUGGUGGAUUUGAUGACAACCAUGACAAUGACGACGAGGACGAUGUGAGUCUUUCCUUGUCGAUUCCAUCUCGAUUCAAAGUGGUACAGGUACCAUCAUCGCUGCCAUCGUCGUUGAAUUCUUCCUUUGUCACGUACUACGAUGAUCACACCAUUGAUGACAUUCGCAACAUGGUACUCGUUGAUGACGAUACUCAUGGAACGCGUUCUCGAGAAGUCUCCUUGUCACCACCGAGACCGUGUCGUGGUGGUGUCGGUACAACAGCACGGAAACAACAACUACAACCAUGGCCACCACAUUUGUUCAAAACUCCCGUCACCAGAAACACCAGUAGUGAGAGUCAGCCACAGCAGCAACAUCAAAGCAACAACAAUACCAAAUCUCCUCCACCACCCAUGCCCCUCGAGGAUGCACUGGCGCAACACAACAAUAACGCCCAUCACGAACGAGCCGACAGUUGUCCGGUACGACCCAUGCGAGGCAUGUCCAUUGGGAGUGCCAGUACGCUCGAUUCCGAACACAUCAAGGCUGCCUUAUUACAACAACAGCAACAGCAACAGCAACAAUAUAAUAAUCAAUCCAGCAAUACAUUUCCCAGCAUGUGGGAAGAUUCUUGGACUACCUUUGCUACACUCGACAAUAUGAGUCAUCAUGGACCGGCCUCUGUUAUUAUGGAAGAAAUCGAAGAAAACCCUACCAGUACUACCACAGAUCCGCAACAAUUACUCCUACAAUUCAACCGUCGAUCCACACCACCACCACCUCCACCCAUGGAUCCUCAGCCUCAUCCAUACAGUCCUCAAGCAUUGCAAAAGCAACAACAACAACAACAACAACAACAGCAACAACAACAGAUGAAAAUUCCCAAACGCUCGUCUUCGGUACAAUCAGCACUAUCGCAGAACAAGAAAAAACCACCACGGCGAACAUCGUCGCGCAAUUCACAAUACAGUGCAUUUUCCAACAUGUCAUCACUCGAUGCAUCCGUCAUUCGACGCAUUAGUCGAUCCGAACGAAUCAAUAGACUCAAACGAAAAUCCAUGCAACAGCAACUAUUACAUCAACAAAUAUCCGCCUUUGCCACGGUCACCAGCAGUCUUGUUCCCAAUACUUCCAAACACUCUUCUGCAUCUGCAGCUUCCACGGACGCUGGAUACAAUUCACUCUCGUCCAAUUCCAAAUUACCCGAACGGCGACCCACCAAAAUAUUGCCACCCGAUGAAGAAGCCGAACAAGAACCAAAAUCAUUCUGGGGACAUUCUUCGUCGCAAUUGUCACUCACCAGUAGUAGUAGUGACGACGACGAGGAUGAUGACGAUGACGACAAGACUGCGGCAACUGCUGGCAAUGCGCCAGACGAUGGAGCCGACAUGACACCACGCUUACCAGGACGACGACAUUCCGCCAGUAGUAUGAGUCUCUACGAAGCCGAAGCCGCCGCGAUACGACUCCAAGAGGCACACGAUUUGCCUCUCAUGGCUCCUCUGCGACGUACCAGUACGUUUGGAUCGCAAACGGAAUUCUAUCUCAGUCAUGCCCGGGGAGAAGAUUUGAUCGAUGAUGCUGGCGAGAACGGAAACAAAAAUAAUAAACGUAGGGGACGAAAACGACCGCCCGUUUCCAGUAUUCAUGUGCCACCACAGCCAGAACAAUCUACGACGGAACCAACCGCAGAGGAUCAAGUCCCCAAAGCACCGGCACGACAACGGUCGUUGCCGCGUCCUGCGGCCGAACCGCCCAAAUGGCUCCAAUAUGCCAAGGCGGCAGCAGCCGCAAAGAACAGUAGUGAUUUGCUGUUUGACCCUGACAAUAGCAGUCAGCAACCACUGUCGGUCCUCACAACGACAAGCUCCUCCUCCGAUUGCAUCCCUUCGAGACCACGACGACAAACCACCCUCACCAAAGAAAAUCUCCCCAAGGGCAUGGCUUUGCGAGGGGAUCACGACAACAAUACGGAAAACAAUAGCAGUGGCGGCGAAGAAAAGGAAAAUACAUCGUUGCAAGCAUCGAAUUCGUCACUCUCCAUUUCGUCGCAACAAGGUGGAGGUGGUCAUCGUCGGACCAAUUCGGCCGAUGCGGCACCCAAUCAACCGACACGAGCGACCAGUAAGAGUCCUCGUCCGCCGAGUCCGGCAGUACUCAUGUUGGCACAAUCCACGUCGUUGGGGGAUUCCAAAGAAUUGCUACUACUCAGUGAUGGGGAACAAAAGUCAUUAGAGCGAUUAUUGCGAAAUCGGGAGAGCACCAAGAAGAAAGAUGGCAAUGGCAAUAAGAACGAUCCGCUGCAGCAUCUGGAACAACCCAUUUGCGAGACUUCUUCCUCGUCGUUUUCCGCGUCGGCGCUACCCCAAAAGCCACCCACGCUGGAUGACAGAGGACGGAUCGGAUCCGUCACGUCAAUCUCGACCGGGGCAACAACAGAAUGCGCCAACAAUACACGAAUCGCUACCAUGGGACGGCGAAUGCCGCCCGGUCGUCAUUACACACAAGGAUCGUCGCUGCGCUCGGCUGCGGCAUCACUCAAAAACAGACGGUUCAGUGACGGGAGCGUCAAUCCGGGACAAGACGAUCUGGCAGCAACAGCACCUGAAGAAUCGAAAGCUACUAGUAUCGAAGCACCAAUCAUGAGUUCCGACACACCAAUCAUGAGUUCCGAAACACCAAUGAUGAGUCCCUCCUCCGAAUUCGAACAGCUCAAACUGCUGAACGAAGACACAAUGCGUGACUUGAGCGAGCAUUUGAUGGAAUGUAUGAACGUGGACGACAACAAGAAGAAGAAGCAGACUUCUGCUGGUCCACUAGAUGCUGGAACGAGCCAAGAACACGUUGUUGUUGCAACGGCAAGCAGUGACGGAAGCAAGCAAACAACGCUUCUGAACAACUCAACGACGACCAGCGCACUACUGGCGGAUCUUCUUGCAGGGAGCAGCGACCACAGCGAAGAAACUGCCUGGUCGUCCGCAACGAAAGAAUUCGAGCAGCUUAAACUGAUGCACGAUGACACGGUCGCCGACCUGGAAACACAGUUGCAACUGUUGGAGCAGCAAGACCAAGAGGAUUCGGACCAAAAUUUCAAUCUCAGUGUGGGGGAUCUUUCGACGACACUGACCAAAGAAGGAUCGACAACGACUUUGAAUGGGGGUUCUACGGGUAGCAUAUCAUCCUUGGGUGCUGCUGCUGAGACCAAGAAUGGUGCCAAUGGUGGCGCACGAGAAGCAUUCCAGAAGCAAAACAGUGCCAGGAUUGGAUGCGCCAACUAA